UAUGGAGAAAACAAACAGGGAAGUGUUAUUUAUUCCUUUACAUAACACAAGACCCAGGUGUCACUCAAUGAACUGGAAAGACAGCAGAUUUAAAAGCAAAUGUAAGGAGUAUUUCUUCAACCAUUGCAGCCAACCUGUGGAACUAGUUGCAAAGGGAUAUGGUAAGGGCCAAAAGUACAACUGGGUUUAAAAAAAAAAUCAGGUAAGUUCAUGUUGGAUAGGUCUCUAAGUGGCUAGUAGCUAAGAUAGUCAGGGACAAUCCCUUGGUCUGGAUGUCCCUCAACUUUUGACUGCCAGAAGCUGGAACUGGACAAGGAGGGAUGGAUUAUUUGAUAAUGCUCUGUUCUCUUAAUUCCUUCUAAAGCAUCUGGCAUCGGUGACUGUCAAAAGAAUGGUUACUAGGCUAGAUGGACUGUUGUUCUGAGACACAACAGCUUUUCCUAUUAUCUUACAUAAUCCCACUGUUCUCAAUUCUGACAGGCCUCUCCCCCAUGCUUUAUGAAAUAGGCUUAUGGACACAAAUAUGCAUAACUCAAAGAUGCUUUGGACAAAAUAUCAUGUAACCUAUCAAUCUUAAUGUCAUAAACUGCUGGAUCUGUAGUUCUUAUUUUGGUGUGUGUGUCAUUUUUGCAUGUAAAGUUAGAUAUAUGAAGUAUGGAAUGCUUUUUGGUUUUAAAUGUAUAAAUGAAAGCCAUAAAGGGUGUUAUCCUUAAUGUCUAGAUGAUCAACUGUAAACAGCCUCCUCUGUCCUUUAAUUCUUAGCAGUGGUUAGUCCUAGGAAGUCCCAUGACCCUCUCCCAACUGGUAGGUUUUAAUCAGGUAAUUUUCCAUGCAAGGGUGGAAUGUUGAAACAGAAUUCCUGCCCAAAAUGGAAUCUAUAAAACAAUGAGAAGCUUCUUUGUCUUUGGCUGGCAUGGCACACCCAAGAGGAUAACUGAAGACCUCACGGAAAAGAGGACUUCCUUGGUUUGGAGGCUUAGCCGGAAUAAGAACAGUUUUAGGAUAAAAACCACUGUAAAAUAUCUCUCUCUUGCAGACUACAUGGCUGGAUCAAAAGAGGGAAUCAGACCACAUACCUUCAAAAAGACACACUGCAACAUGAUAACAUACAUUACCACAAGUUAUGGUCCUGUGACUAAGAACGUGAGUGCUCUGCUGAUGUCAAGGGUAUGCCAUGCAGCUUGGGAUGGAUCAGCGUGCAGCUUAGAGAAGAACGCAGGUGUUCUCAGCAUUUUGGAACCAUGCAUGGAGAUGGAGCGUGUGUGGUUCAGGAUGGAGAAUUCUGCUGUGAUAUUGAGUGAGAAGAUUGUGUUGCGGGGGAAAGGUGUCCAGAUCCACUAUUGUCAAUCUGUGCAGGGGCAAGAGAAGAUGAUCUAUCUGCCGCCGAGGACUGUAGAGAAGGAACUGAGGGAGUCGUGCUGCGCAUAUGCCUAACAGACACCAACGGUGCGAUGAGGCACCAGGGCACAUGUGCAGUGUGACACUGCUAGAAAAAUCUCUGGUUGCUGGUGAGAGGACACACCAGCAUCCAGAGUCGAGCACCGAUGGGGAAAUCACUUGAAGAAGAAACACAUAGUUGCUCAAUUGUACAAGUGCUUGAACUACUUUAGAUCCCUUUCUUAUAGGUGGAGAACUGAAAACAUGAGCCAUGUAACAUUAACGCCAAUGUCCACAGCAUAUAUACAUGUCUCCAACACUAGGGUGUUGUGUUUUGUCAUAACAUUAACAUUUGCUCUUUUAGUGUAAACACUGUAAUUUCGUAAUCUGGGCAUAUGGUGUUUCAUAUGGAGACAUGAAACUUGAAUAGUUAGCUAAGCAUAAUCAGAAUGCCUGAUCUAGCAAGGAGACUAGAAUCACCAUGUACCACAGAAGUACGCUCUUAAUGACUAGAAAAUAAUUGCUUUCAGUAUGUUAUUUAUCUAGUGAUGUAUUUGUAAAAUAUCUUUUGUGGAGUGUGAACAUGGUCAAAAAAGGAGCUGAACUUGGCACAACUUAGAGCACUGUAGCUUUCGUGGUCACAGAUAAGCUUUUUUUAUGUAUAGGUAUGUUUUCAGAGUUUCUGAACUUUUCAGAGCAUUGUUAUGUGUGCAGACUUAAGAUAGAUACUUUGGAUUCUUUAAUAGUGAAUUUUGAUGAUUCAAUGGAGUUUCUUGUAUUUUGAUGUUAAACUGAACUUCCUGGUUUAAUUUUUUGUAUUACCUGCAGUAAAAUAUUCACCCUUAAGUUACUGAUCCAUAAAAGAACUGUUUUAACAUGGGACAGCAAAGGGAAGCCCAUCUUCUUGCCUCCUUAUAUCUGGACAUAUGACACCUGUCUCCCGCAGGAUGUAAGACAGGGCUACUCAACACAUGCGGCCCGCAGCCCCUUUGCAUGCGGCCCACAGCACCUUGAGCUGCUUCCCGGACUGCCUGCCUGCUUUACUGCUACUGGCUGGCAGGGGUGGGGGGGAUGGCAAGAAGCGGCGGAGCCUCCCCACAAGCAGAGCUGAGCAGCACAGCACUGAUAAAAGCCGUAGCUGUGCGUGCGCGGGCAGAGGUGUAGUGAGGGGGGCAGUUGCCCCAGAGCACCACGCUGGGGUGGGAGCGGAACGCGCAGCAUUACAGAAAGCCAGGAGUGCCUGGCGGACCACAUGCAAACUGCAGUCAAAUCUCUAAGUCAGCCGGGCUGGACAGCAGGAACCUGUCCCUAACUCCAGUGCCUGUCUUUGUGAAAAGGGAUUUGGUUGGAGGAGGAACUGGGGGUGUCUGGCUCUGGGGGAUGGGUGGGUGCAUUGGGAUAAAGCAGUGAAUUGGGGUGCCUGACUCUGUGGUAAGAGAGAGGGGUUAUUUCAGUAAAUAUUGUAUUAGCAGUUUUUGUUUGAUUUGUUAAAAUUGUGACACCAAAACAAAAAAGUAGUCAAUAUAAUGGUCUUCUGUUGAUACGUGUUUUAGGAGUUAAAUUGCUGAACUGUCAUUGCUUAUUGAAAGUGCUUUCAUAUGAGUGAAAAUUGGGUAAUUAUUUAAUUUUAUUAACAUUAGCAGAACUGACUUAAAUGGGGUCUGUGUGUUGUGUAGUCUUGCCUUAAUGUUUGUAUUCAUGCCCGUCAGUAUGAAAGAAGCUAUUUGCAUGUAUUUGCAUACAUUUGUAUAUAUAUGCAGACAUGCUUAAAUUGUGGCCAUCAGCAUGUGCUGGGUAUCACUUGUGGCCCCCGGGGUUCCAAAGUUGAGUAGCCCUAACGUAAGAGGAGCCCACGAGUAGAUUUAUGCCACCUAUUGAGAAGCCUGUCAGACCUCCCAGUCCUCCCUCCAUCACCAUUUCCUCGGGACCUCACUGGUCACAGAUGAGGGAUUUUGCUGAACCAGGAGAGGUCAUUUUUGGACCCCUGCCACCAGACUUCUUGGACCAACUGCUAGCAUCCCAGCCAGCUCCCCAUCUCUUGCUGUCCCCACUGCCCGGCCGACCCACUGGGCAGCCAUUACUACCAUAGCUCCACUGGGCAGCCCAGCACCAGGGCUCCAGGUAGAUGCGUGCAUAGCAUGCUGGGGCUCCAGACAGCCACAUGCACUGGGCCUCCCUGGGCAGCUGGAGAUGCCACCAGGGCUCCCUGGACAGCUGUACACGCUGCCAGGGCUCCCAGCCCUGCUAGGCAGCCACACAUUA